UGCAAGAUGGACGUCUCGUGUGAAGAUAUGGCCGACGAACCGGACUUGAUAGUUCUUCAUAGCGAUUUUCAGACGCCAGCCACAAAACUAUCAUGGUUCAUAGACGAUGAUGAGCAAAUGCCUCCACAUCGGCCAAAUCCAGCGGCACUUGUGAACGCAAAUACUGAUCGCGGUAGCGAAGAGCAUGGCAAAGAUUCGCGUAUGUUCGAUCAUGAGGUUAGAAUGACACGAUGUUAG